GGUGCAUACUCGUGUCACUCGACGACCGUCUCCGAAAUCUAUACGACUCUUGACCGGCUUCAUAACCUGGUCAGACCUGAGACAAGGAUGAUCAUAAAUACGUCUUGAGCGGAUGUCAUCACCGUUGAAAGCUGGGCAUGAAGGGCCUUUACCUGGUGGAGCCCGUGGUGGCGCUGUACGCCUUCUCCACGUACCUGACAUACCCGCUGGUGCCGCAGUACGUGUACCGGCGCCUGUGGCAGCAGCUGACCAACAGCACCUACCCCGUCUCCGACAACACGUCCACGUGCGCCAACGCCAGCGACGGCGACAACCGCACCUUCUACUUCCAGGAGGUGCAGGAGCAGGCUUCCCUGUUUUCGCUGUACUCUCAGAUCCUUUCGGCCGCGCCGUCCUUGCUGGUCACCCUCCUGCUGGUGGCGUACAGCGACCGGGCGGGGCGUAAGGUAGCCAUCGUCCUGCCCCUGGCGGGCACGCUGCUCUACACGCUGUCCCUGCUGCUGGUGACCUCCCUCCGGCUCAACGUCUACCUGCUGCUCGGCGCCUCGCUCUUGUCCUCCCUCUUCGGCGGCCUGGGCACCUUUCUGGGCGGCUGCUUCGCCUACGUGGCCGACUUGAGCGGGGGCGGCGGCCGCGGCAUGACGCUGCGUAUCGCCGGGCUGGACAUGAUGAUCGGGCUGCUGUCGGGCGCGGCCGCGCUGUCCACGGGCUACUUCCUGAGGGCGGUGGGCUUCGGCGGGCCCUUCCUGACCUCGGCCGCCUGUCAGGCCCUGGUCCUGCUCUACGCCGUCUUCAUUUUGGAGGAGACGGUGGGACGGCAGGACGGCGACGGCGCCGAUCCGGGCGGCCUCGGCGGGCGGGCGGCCGUGCGGCAGAUGUUCUCGGCCAUCUACCGGAUGUUUGCGGGCGCCGGCUCCCAGCGGCGCACGCUGCUGCUCCUCUUGCUGUUGAUCUUCACCAGCUUCUCCUUCGCCUCGGUGGGCAGCUUCUCCCUCAUGGUGCUCUACGAGCUCAACGAGCCGCUGUGCUGGACCGAGAUUCUCAUCGGCUACGGCGCGGCGCUGUCCACCACCGUUUUCCUGUUCAGCUUCGCCGGCGUGGCCGCCUUCACGUACUGCGGCGCCUCGCAGCUGCUGGUGGUGCUGAUGGGCAUCCUCUCCCUGGCCGCGGGCAUGACCGCGGUGGCCUUUUCCAAAACCACGCCGAUGAUGUUUUUAGCGAGGGUUCCCAUGUCCCUGUCCAUUAUGCCCUUCGCGGUGCUGCGAUCCAUGAUGUCCCAAAUCAUCUCCAAGUCCGAGCAAGGUGCCUUGUUCGCCUUGCUCUCCUUCGCGGAGGUCCUGACGGCCAACGUGUCGGCGGCUCUCUUCAAUACCUUGUACGCCGCCACAGUGUCUUGGUACCCCGGUUUUGUCUUCUUGCUCGCCGCCGGACUCUGUGUCAUCCCGACCACGCUUCUGGGUGUGGUGUGCGUGCUGGGAGUGGACGUGGCCGGCGAGGACGGCACGGCGGCGGCGAACGAUCACGAGCGUCCUCAAGCGGACGGAGACGCGCCCCAAGACCACAGCGACCGUGACCAGCUGCUCAAAUGAACAAACUAACCGCGCACAACCAAUGUCCUCACCGCCGUCGUCCUGUUCGAAGCUUUCGAGUGGAAGGAAUCAUUACUUCGGCUUCCUCGAAGUACGUCCACAUUUGACCAAAAAAAACAAAA